AUGAAAAAUUGUCCACACGGCAACGGAAGACACAACAUGGAAACCUCUGAUGACAAUAGAAUUGUUCGUCCCAAACCGGGAUUAUCCACUUUGCUCAAACUGGCGGGCGCCACCAAAGAUGUUCUCUCCUUGAAAGAGGUGAUUUUCUACCUGGGCCAGUACAUCUUGCAGAGGCAGCUGUACGAUAAGCAGCAGCAGCACAUCGUUCAUUGCGCUCAAGAUGCGCUGGGAAGCGUCCUGGGGGUGGAGAGCUUCUCGGUCAAAGAACCUCGGAUUCUGCUCGCCAUGCUCAAGGAGAACUUUGUGACGGUGCCGAGCCAAGAGUCACCGCAAAGCUUCGCCGAAGCCGCCGGCGGCAGCGGCCGCGCUCGACAAGCCGCGCAGGAGCCGGCGGCGGGAAGCGACGCUUCGUCUCCCGUCGUCAGACGACGCCGGCGAAGGCGCACGAGGAGCUCCAGGAGCAACGACGCCGGUCCCUCUAGCAACUUACCGGGCAAAGACGACGACGCGUCCGACGCCGACGACGACGAGGGCCACUCCGUGAAAAGGGGGCGAUCGGACAGCUACUCCGUUACUUUUGACGACAGCCUCUCCUGGUAUGUGAUCGGUGGAUUAGGAAACGGGAGGGACAGACACAACAGCCAGUCAGAGACGCAGAGUAUUGCCGCCGCUUCCGACGCAACAGCCAGCGCACUCGCCGAUUCGGACAGCGACAUCUUCAGCGUAGAAUUUGAGCUGGAGUCCACAGACACGGACGACUACGACGAAGACGACGCCUCUCUGUCGGCCGACGAUCAGGUGUACGAGUUCACCUUCUUGGAAGAUGAAGACUCGUUUGAUGAAGACACAGAGAUCACCGAAGCCGACUACUGGCGCUGCACCGAGUGCGCCGAGCUGAACCCGCCUCUUCCGAGCAACUGCAUGCGCUGCUGGUGUCUGCGGCGGGAUUGGCUGCGCCAGAGCUCCCGUGGCGCCGAGCCGCCGGCGUGCGCAGACGCUCCCGGUCCCGACACCGAGGACGGCGUGGACGUGCCGGACGGCGCGGGGGUCGGGCGCGAGUCUCAGAGCCUCGCGGAUUCGCAGGACACGGCGGCGAGCCCGACCCCCUCGUGCGGCUCGUCCUCCUCGCAGGAGCGGUCGUGGGCCGUCGACUCGCAGCCGUCGUCCGCCGUGGACAGCCAGGAGCGGGAACGGGCCGCGCCCGAGCUGGAGCGCGCCGUCUCGGCCGAGACGUGCACGGAACCUUGCCUGAUCUGCCAGUCGCGCCCCAAGGACGGCUGCAUCGUCCACGGCAAGACGGGCCACCUGAUGUCGUGCUACGCCUGCGCCCGCAAGCUAAAGAAGCGCAACAAGCUGUGCCCCGUGUGCCGCAUGCCCAUUCAGGCCGUGGUACUCACCUACUUCAGCUGA